GCAGAAAACAACAGCAGCAGUCAGGGUGGCUACGUUUUGUUUCACGCUCUCGGCGAGCAGAAUUUUAACAACUGCUCCCUUUUUUUUUCUUUCUCCCUUCCCCUGUUAAAGAUCAUUCUGCUCCGUUAUGAUGUCGCUGGGAGGAGGUGAAUCCGGAUUCUCGAGUGAGGAGGUGCUGAAUGUUCGCUUCCCGCUCCACCGCGCGUGCAGGGACGGAGAUGUCUCCGCCUUGCGCUGCCUGCUUCAGUGCGUCUCCAGCCCGGCAGACCUGACCGUGGAGGACACCUUCUACGGGUGGACGCCUAUACACUGGGCCGCGCAUUUCGGGAAGCUGGAGUGCGUAAUGCUUCUGGUUCAGAUUGGCUGUGGUGUCAACACUGUGACGUCCAGGUUUGCACAGACGCCCAUGCACAUUGCUGCAUUUGGGGGCCACCCUGACUGUCUGUUGUGGUUACUCCAAGCUGGUGCAGAUAUGAACAAACAGGACUAUGUGGGCGAGACGCCCAUCCACAAGGCUGCUCGUGCGGGCAGCCUGGACUGUAUCAAUGCUCUCUUGAAUCAGGGAGCAAAAGCUGACAUGAGGAAUGCCAGUGGGCUGACUGCUGCUGACCUGGCCCACGCACAGGGAUUCCGUGAGUGCGCCAAGGUUUUGUCCAAUGCCCAGAACCUCCAACAAAACAUGGCUCAGUCCCAUAACGGGUCAAUUCUGUACAACAUCACCCAGAAUGGGAGCCACACUCACCCCACUAUCCAGGGACGGAGCUUCUUAAAUGGCAUGCCCAACAGAAAGAGGUCCUCUGAGGGCAUAGAGACAAACCCAGUGAAGAAAGCCAGACCCAACGGGCUGGGCAUGCCGCUGGAGUUGCUGCAUAUGAACGGGCCACUGGGUGGCACUGGAGGAUUCCAAAACGGUACCAUAGAAGUGGAGGUGACCCCUAUUGGGAACUCAGAUGCGCCAGGACGCUUUGCAUUUGGGCUGAAUGGGUUUGCACCGGCACACUGUGAGGAUCAGGGGAUCCAGCACAGGUCGAGCCCUGUGCCGAAAGAGCUAGAGGUCAUCACUGUGGCAUCUAUGCAGACGCCUUGUCGCUGGACCAACUCUUACGCAUAUCUGUAGAGACUUGGUGUGUUCUUCUGUUACCAUCCAUUUCUGUUUUAUUGCAUAUUGUUAUAUACAGAGAGUCACACGUUUGUUUUUGAAUGUUCAGCAGUGUUUGUGUAUUUUCUACUUUUCCAUGUACCUAAUGGCUAAAAGUGUUACGAUUGCUUUGUCACACAUGAACAGUUACUGCAUCCGGAUUAAAUGGAUAUUUGCUUUAUAAUCCUUAAUUGUACCCACCCGCUACAUCGGUACUAAUGUUAGCAGGUAAAAGUAGGCAUUAUGAGUAUAUUAAGCAUGCAGAUGAACAUUAUAUCAGAGCAUUAAGCUGCUUAAACAGCUUGACAUUGUAGACGUUCUGUGCCUUUCCUCUUUUUUUUUUUUUUUAAUCUUUCACAGUUAAACCACGUGUUUGUGAAAAGUAAAAUGGAGUCUUAAAUUCCUGUUUUCAAAUUAUCCAGGCUAACAAUUAUUUCAACCCACAUUUCUUACUAUUAUAGCAAGAGAGUAAAUUAGUUUUCUGAGUUGAAUAUGCUAAAUUAAAUGGUUCAGGUAUUGUUUGUAUUUCAUGAUCAGUUAAAGGCCUCGCUGGUAGCGAUAUUCGAUUCCGCCCUGAGAAACGUCAUUUUCUGCUGCUGUGCGUUACACACUGCUGUUUUUAUUUGGAAAAUACUUGCUGUCAGGAUAUAAACUUUAAAGCUACAGUGUAUAAGAUUUAGGGUAUUAAUUAGCGAAAAUGGAAUAGAGAAUUCAUUCUGUUCAUUAGUGUAUAUCUGCACCAGUGAAUAUGUUUUCAAAAGCUUGGAAUGAGUGUUACAUAUCUA